AUGUCUCAUAUUGCUGUUGAGAGAAAUAGGAGAAGGCAGAUGAAUGAACACCUCAAGGUCUUGCGAUCUAUGACUCCUUGCUUCUACAUCAAAAGGGGAGACCAAGCAUCAAUCAUAGGAGGUGUAAUAGAAUUCAUCAAGGAAAUGCAACAAGUUUUACAGUCGUUGGAAUCAAAGAAAAGGCGUAGGAGCAUAAGUCCUAGUCCUGGUCCAAGCCCAAAGCCGAUAUUGCAACCAAGCACCCCACAAUCAGAACGCUCUACUAUUGUGCAUGAAAAUAUCAAAGAACUUGGAGCAUCCUGUAACUCACCAGUUGCAGACGUGGAAGCAAAGAUCUCAGGGUCAAACGUUGUCUUGAGGACUGUAUCACGAAGGAUUCCAGGUCAAGUUGUUAAGAUAAUCAAUAUGUUGGAAAAUCUUUCUCUUGAGAUCCUGCAUCUAAAUAUCAGCAGCAUGGAGGACACUGUCCUUUACUCCUUUGUCAUCAAGAUAGGACUGGAAUGUCAACUUAGUGUUGAAGAACUUGCAGUUGAAGUGCAGAAGAGCUUCUCUGCUAAUCUUACAUAGCUCCAUCCAUAUCAUCACUUAUGUACUUUUGAAGCUUGUUGAGUAGUAUUCCUUUAAACUCAGAUGAGCUAAAUAAGAAGAAGAAUU